UUUUUUUUCUUAGCCGACCGACCGACUCUGAAAAUUUCAAUGAAACAUUAGAAGAAGAUAAAAGACUCUCCCUGUGAAUUCUUCAUCUCCGGCAACUUACUGGAGGCAGAGUAGCUCAAAUUGCGGCUCAGAAGCGAUCCCUAGUGAGACCUACUCAUGUGACUGAGACCUUAAAGAAUUUUUUGAUGAAAAAGGAGGCCGCAUAAGCUCAAAAAAUUCUUUCUAGUCUCAGUCACAUGAGGAGGUCUCACUAGGGAUCCAGGGUUGGGGACACAAGCUGAGAAAUUGUCUCAUUGUCUCAAGGGUUGGAUCAAUUACUGGAGGAAGUUGAUAGUUUCUUAAAACUGACUUUGAGCGGGCGCGAUGUGUUGCUCUGUAAUCUUAGGUCAAAGUGACUCCAUCUCUGGCAAUGCAGAUGGAGACGAUGUAGACUAAUACAGUGAGUGAGGUAAACAAACAAGUUUAACCCCUACUAAAGGCAGUUUUAGGUCAAUGAAAAGUGUUUUCUAUUUUUGUUUGUUUGAGUCCAUCUGUUGAGCUUGUCUCUUCGGUUUAUGUGUUGGUCGUGUCUGUAUGACUGUAUUGGAAUCCUUUUGCAAUAUAAUAUAAAAAUAAUACAUCUGUUUGGCUUGAAAAAAUAACUGCUUUCUUUGAAGUGAUCCAAUCUUUCUAAACCAAUUUCAAUCAAAGGAGCAUAUCAGUCAGAAAGGAUGCAGGCUUCUAUAGAUAAGUGCAAUUAGUAGUAACAAAUGAAAAAUGCAAUAUCGAGCUAACGAGUGACUCUGCUUUUUGUGACCAUACACGUAUGUAAUCUUUCAUACUCUUUACAUUCACGGGUCACUUGAGAGAUCUUUUACAGUUGAAAAAAGCUUCUCUCUUCACAUGGAUUUAGUGUCUUCAAGAGACACUUUAGAGAGAUCCUUCAACUUCAACAAAACCCUUCUUCUUGCUCUCUCUUGUUCUCGGUCUGAUCAUUGCAUCAUGUCUGGAGAAUCAAGCUCUGGUUUUACCGAUCAUUGCAUCAAAGUUGUACCGACACACGGUGGCCGCUAUGUUCAGUACAACGUUUAUGGACAGCUCUUUGAAGUGUCCAGAAAGUAUGUCCCUCCUAUUCGUCCCAUUGGUAGAGGCGCUUGUGGUAUUGUCUGUGCUGCGGCGAACUCAGUGACUGGAGAGAAAGUGGCGAUUAAGAAGAUUGGUAAUGCUUUCGAUAACAUCAUCGAUGCAAAGAGAACUCUACGCGAAAUUAAACUUCUAAGGCAUAUGGAUCAUGAGAACGUUAUAACUAUCAAAGAUAUUGUAAGACCUCCUCAACGAGACAUCUUCAACGAUGUCUACAUUGUCUAUGAGUUGAUGGACACUGAUCUUCAGCGAAUCCUCCGUUCUAAUCAAGCACUGACCAAUGAUCAAUGCCGCUUCUUUGUGUAUCAGCUGUUGCGAGGACUCAAAUACGUGCACUCGGCCAACAUACUACAUCGUGAUCUAAGGCCAAGCAACGUGCUACUUAACUCAAAAAACGAGCUAAAGAUUGGUGAUUUUGGGCUCGCAAGGACAACUUCAGACACAGACUUCAUGACUGAAUAUGUCGUUACCCGUUGGUACAGAGCUCCUGAGUUGCUUCUUAACUGCUCAGAGUACACCGCAGCUAUUGAUAUUUGGUCUGUUGGUUGCAUACUCGGCGAAAUCAUGACGGGACAACCUUUGUUUCCAGGCAAAGAUUAUGUUCAUCAGCUUAGGCUUAUAACAGAGCUUGUAGGCUCUCCAGACAAUUCGAGUCUUGGUUUCCUUCGCAGUGAUAACGCAAGAAGAUACGUCAGACAACUUCCGCGAUACCCGAAACAGCAGUUUGCUGCUAGAUUCCCGAAAUUGCCAUCUAUCGCUAUUAAUUUGCUGGAGAGAAUGCUUGUUUUUGAUCCUAACCGGCGCAUCUCAGUUGAUGAAGCCCUUGGCCAUGCUUACCUAUCACCGCACCAUGAUGUGGCUAAAGAACCAGUCUGUUCGACUCCUUUCAGCUUUGAUUUCGAGCAUCCUUCUUGCACAGAAGAACACAUAAAGGAGCUUAUCUACAAGGAGUCUGUCAAAUUCAAUCCUGACCACUGAGAGAGAAACAUGUUUUAUGAUUUGAUUCCUCUAUAUUGAAUCUGAACUCAUUUUAUCUUUGUUUGAAUAAAUAAUUACUAUGAUGAAACACAAAUAUGUAUCAAUUAUCUUAAGCUACUGCAGAGCUUACCUUUUCUUUACAUCAAAACUUUUCAACAUUAUACGUUA